CAGCCAUUUUCUCCCAAUUUUGAGCCAAUUUUGAGCCAAUUUCCGACUCUGUUUACAGGAAACAUUCCAAAGUUUCAAAAACCCACAUGAAAAUCCAUUUCACACACUUCAAAAAAUGAGACACGCACUAAAAAAAUAAGAGCCUCCCCUGAUCUGUAGCCAAAAUGGUAUAUGAUGGCCUAAAUGGGGUGAGAGAAAGAGAAAGACAGAGAGAAUCUUAAGACGCUUCCACAAACCACCUUUCGACCAUUUGCUCCGGAAAUCCCAGUAGGUCCUCAUCUCAUCUGUACAAAGUAGUACUAUAUUCUAGAUUUCAAACACACACAACACACGCUCAUUAUUACAUCAAAAGGUAGAGAUAGAGAGAGAGAGGGGGCAUCGGGGACCAGAAAACAGAGACAACCCACGAUCUGCUGAGAGAACCCCAUUGUAGAACUUGCCCACGAGAGGCCACCAAUCAUGCCAAAAGGUGCCAAGAAGAGAAAAGCUGCGAAAAAGAAGAAGGAAAAUGAAGCCCACAACAACAUCUCAACUAACAAUCCUCAAGGAAAUGAUGAUGUGAAAUCCCUAGAUGGGAAGGAAAGUGAUAGUGGUGAGGUUAGUAGCCCUGUCUCUCGGGAUCAAGAUAGCGACCAAAAUUCAUUUAAUGAUAGGAAUGAGGAGUUGGAGGAGAGAGACGCAUCACCCAUUCGAUCACUUGUUGCUGAGGACAAGUCUAUGGAGGAUGUAUCUAGUGAUAUAGAGGUUUCCCAGAAAAUAAGUUCAGAGGAUGAUGCUGUUGUUAAAAUGGAAAGGGAACUGAAAUCUGAUGAGAGUUCUGAGAGCAAAAAUGGUAGCGUUGAGCAUGUUGAGUCUGCCAAGGAAACACAUGAUGGGGUUGAUCGGAGCUCUAGCAGUAGUAGUUCCGAUGAUGAGUCUCGAGCUUCUGAGAAGAAACCAAAGGAGGAGCCCUACAAUUUAGUUUUGGAAGCAAGCCAAUGUGAUGAUUUGGUUCAGCCAGUUGAUUCUUCACUGGCAGAGGUGACUUGGGUUAAUGAAAAUGCACCAGUUGGGGAGACUGUUAAUUCAAUUGCAGAAAGUGCCCCACAUGUUGAUUCUGUUAAGUCACUGAUAUCUGUCUCUGAGGAGACAAUUCACAUUACUGAAAGUGCUCCAGUUGAGAAUCUAGUGAUUGCUGAUAUGAUAGAACCAGGAUCAAAAGAAAGUGAGGAAAAAUUGUCGCCUAAAUUGAAAGAGGCUCCAGCAGCUGUGGCGGAUUUGGAAUUGAAGAAAAAUGAGGAAAAAGUAUUUCCUUUAUCCAAUGAAAAUGUUCAUGCAUCUUUGACUGUGGGGGAAUCUGUGUCAAAUGGAUAUGAGGGUAAAAUAUUGCCAUCACCAAGUGCUCCUGUUGCUGCAACUAGCAAUGGUGCAGCAAAUGAAAAAGAUUCUGAGAUUCCUGAAUGUUCUGAAAACCAGCCUCUGGUAGCACCAGCCCCACGAGUUGUGCAAAAAACCUCCUUCCUGAGUUGCUGUGGAUUGUUUGAUGUGCUAACAGGCUCUGGGAGAUAAGUUCAGAAACAGAGUAUGGAUUGGCCCCAGGGACUUGUGAAGCUUGUGAAAGUGAAGGAGGAGUUGGUCUUGAGAAAUUUUUGGUAUUUCGAACUAGAGUUCUUGUUUUUCCCAAUAAAUGACGGGCAAGAGCCCUGACCAUAAUAUAGACAGUCUUAAGAUAUGUGGUGGUGAUGUCAAUAUUUGUAGGCGGCUUAGUGUCCCUAGCUUUCAUUACAUUGCUUGCUUACUUCUGUAGUCUAGUGUUUUUUCUAGGUGGUGUGCUGUAUUUAGUUUCUUUUGCAAUGGAUAGGGCAGUGGUGCGACCUGGAUUUUUACAAGCAUUUUUCUGUGAUAUCAAUAUUCACUUGAUUGCUGUCAUGGUGUUUUCUAAUGGACAGAGGAUUGGGUUUAGGUGCUGUUAAAAAAACUACAAUAUGUGUGCUGUAGUUUUUUCAACGGCCAGAUUUAAUUUUACAUCUAUGAUUUGCGUUUUUGGCAUAUGGGUUUGUUUUAAUGCUACAUCCUGCCUUUCUCAU